AUGAAUCGCUUUAGGACAUCCAAAUACAAAAACACAACUCCCAAAAUCGGCAAGAAAGAGGAAUGGAUCAGCAACACUCAUGGCGGUUCCAUCUUCAGCCAGGGGAACCACAUCAAAGCAAGCUCCAAACUGGUGGUUUUCAGUACAGAACAGGCUGGAGGAGGUAUGCUUGGGUUGUCUUCAGUCAAACCCGGAGCGGAUGGUCAGAGGAAUGUGACGCACAUUUCCUGUCAUUCAGAAAUGGUGUGUGAUAUGGAUUUCUCUCCAUUUGACGAGGGCCUCCUUGCAACAUGUUCUGGAGAUGAAACGGCAAAGCUGUGGCGUCUGUGUGAUCCUGAGCUGGGGCAGCCCUCUGAACCUGAACUGGCCUUACACCCGGGACUGGGCAAACUGGAGCUGGUGCUGUUUCACCCCACCUCGUCUGGGAUUCUUGCUUUAGGGGCGACCAACUCCCCGCUUCUUUGGGACACCAGUCGCCAAGAUUCCCCUCUAGCAGUUCUGGAGAAUCACGGCGACCAGUUGCAGAGCUUGAGUUGGAAACAUGAUGGUUCACUGCUGGCUUCUUCCUGCAAGGAUAAGAUGCUGAGAGUGUUUGAUCCUAGAGCCCAGCUGUCUGCAGUUCAGAGUACCAAGGGUCUUCAGAACAACAAAGACUCCAGGAUUCUGUGGACAAAAGAGGAUCUCCUGCUAACCACUGGCUUUGAUAUGAUGCGCGGACGGGAAGUUCGAGUCUGGGACAGCCGGAAAAUGACAUCCUCCAUCAGCUCUUUGUCGCUGGGGACGUCCAACGGGUGA